CUGUUUUCUCUCUCUUAUUUGACCUAACCCUAGGGCGGGUUUGCAUUAUAGGGCUCUUGCGAUGGCGAUGGCGAUGGUCAUGCCGGGACCGGCGAGCAGGGAGAAUGCGGGGUGUGCGGAUUGCAGCGCGCACGGACUGCUGGCCUAUGGCGCCGGUAGCGCGAUCGUUCUUGUGGAUGUUCGAUCCAUGCAGCUGCUGCUCGUGCUGCCAAUGCCCGCGCCCCGGCCAUCGCUCCCGGCGUCCUAUGUCUCAGCAUUGCAGUGGCUGCCCCAGGGAUUGCCCCAUUCCGCCAUGGAAGAUCUCUCGGCUCCACAAAAGCUCCAAUUGGCGGCGGGCGAUCGGCAGGGGAGGAUCGCAAUCUGGGAUGUGAGCUCGGGUUUGGUCGCGACCUGGCUCGGGGAUGACAAGAACACCGGUUCUAGCAGCGGUGGCGUUUAUAAUCUCUGCUGGAUCCAUUCGCAUCCGUCGUGGUUGCUGGCGGCAAUCCAUGGCGCGAAUUUGCUCGUGAUCUGGGAUCCUCGCUCGAGAUCCGCGAUCUGGAGGUAUGACGCCGCGGAUACUCUCACUUGCCUGCGUUGCGAUCCUUUGGAUUCUCGCCAGCUCUGUGCUCUGGGAGUCAAAGGUUUACUUCUCUCGAUACUGGUUACUGGGACCGAGAACAACAGUGUGUUAUCCAAGAGUUAUCAGCUGGAAGCUAGAAGCAUUGGCGAUCAUGACGAACGCGAACGAUCGUCCAGUAGCGCUAGCAGUGCCAGUGGAACAGGGGGAACUCCGUCCUCGGGUGGUGGAGGAGCUUCCAAUUCCACGACUGCGGCUGCAUUGCCUUCCAUGAUGAUGGGAACCUCUGCUCGAUGCCACUUCUCCUCGUCGUUUGGAGCCAGCCGGGGCAUUCUCUACGUGGUUCUUCCCAGAGAGAUUGUGGUCUUCGACUUACACUUGGGGAUGACACUCUCGUCCAUGCCGCUACCCCGCGGCUGUGCAAAGUUCCUUGACUUGGUGGCGGACGUGGGUGGCGAGCUCUUGUUCUUUGCUCACGUCGACGGCAAGCUCAGCAGCUGGAAGAGAAAAGAGAACAGCCAGGUUUUUUCGAUUGUACAGAUUGACAGCCUCAUGCCCUCGUUUGGGACCCCGGUUCCUCCGCCUUCCGUGCUUGCCGUCACCUUCUGCCCGAUUGGAAUGCCCCAUGGCGUCGAGCUCGAGCCUCCGAAGCAGCAAGCUCAUAUAACGUUCGUCUCGGUUUCAGACGAUGGGAGACUAUGGGAGUGGCGCAUGAAGCACGAUUCUUUGCAUCAGCUAAGCGAAAACUCUAAUGUUGAGUUCGCCUUUCAACUAGAAUUAACUGGACAACUACAUCUCCUGCCAUCUUCUGUGAUAACUUUAGCGGUCGCCGUGCCUUCCUUGCUAGCAACCAUGUCAGGUGGUGGAAAUGCGGCGGCACCAUCUGUCCCACUUGUUGCUUUAGCCACACAGUCGGGAACUUUAGAGCUUCAUGAUCCCUCUGCCCAUGCAAUCACAUCCUCGUUCUCUGUACAUAACAACAAUGCUGUUCGAGGAAUUCGUUGGCUGGGAAAUACGCGUCUCGUUUCUUUUUCAUAUACGGAGGUGAAAGGAAAAGGAGGUGGAUUUAUUAACAAACUUGUUUUGACUUGUAUACGGAGUGGCCAAAGUCGAUGCUUUCGCGUUCUUCAAAAGCCUGAGAGAGCGCCAAUGCGAGCUCUUCGGACCUCCCCUUCUGGAAGAUACAUGCUGAUUCUGUUCCGGGAGGCUCCAGCAGAAGUAUGGGCUAUGACGAAAAAUCCUCAAAUGCUUCGAUCUUUGGCGUUGCCGUUUACUGUGAUGGAAUGGGCAUUGCCACCAGCACCGAAGCCUUCGGACCCGCCGCAAUUACCAUCGCAUCGACCAUCUCUUGCAUAUCGAGAACGCCCGACUAUAGCUUCCACUGUUGCUGCAGCUAACGCAUCUCCGGCUGGUGAUGAUCAAGCGGACGCAUCGCAACAAGACGAAACAGCCGAAAGUUUUGCAUUCGCUUUAGUAAAUGGUUCGCUAGGAGUGUUUGAGCUUCGGGGCAGAAGAGUUCGCGACUUCAAGCCCAAAUGGCCUGUGUCAUCGUUUGUAUUGACGGAUGUUCUAGUCACUGCAAUGGCAUAUCGGAUGCCCCAUGUGGUUAUGGGAGAUCGUGUUGGAAAUCUUCGGUGGUGGGAUGUGACAUCUGGUUCAUCAUCUUCGUUCAACACCCACAGGGGAGGUAUUCGAAGAAUUAAAUUCGCCCCAGUGUCCGCAAAUGACUCGACUAGAGGACGCGUCGCAGUUUUGUUCAAUGACAACACGUUUGCGGUUUAUGAUCUGGAUACACAAGACCCUGUGGCCAACUCGCUUGUACAACCUCAGCUGGCUGGAAUGCUUGUGCUAGAGCUUGACUGGUACCCUUUGCGCAUAGAGAAACAGGAUCCGCUACAAUUAUGCCUAGUUGGUGCUGACGGGAGCUUUAGGAUGCUUGAGAUUCAAACCACGAAAGGCCGUGGAUCAAGGUCGAUGGUGGCAUCUUGGGAGAAAUCAAGACCAAUGCCAGUUUAUUCGCCCGCGCUACUUCCUUAUCCACAAGCUUCGGCUUUUCGUAUACUUCUACAAACCGGAGUUUCUGCUUCGUGGUUUGGUACAUCACCUGUGGACAGAUCCAAAAGUUUGGUUGAAUUUUCUGGAGAUUUACGCCAGUUUCUCCUGGAGACCAAUCUUCCCGCUAUCGGAGACUCUGUGGUUUUGGAAAUAUUGUUGAAGGCACUAGAACCAUUUCGUAGGACAGGACGGUUGCUGGAUGCUCAAAGUAUACGUAAUUACACAGCUUUAAGCAAACAAGGAUGUGCUUCCCGGCUGGCAUUUGCGGCUGCACAUUUUGGAAAUUACUUUGAGGCGUUAUUCUGGCUACAGCUUCCGAGAGCGCUUGCACUCUUGGUUGAUGGACCCACUGAGCCUGCUCCAACUUUGAAAGAAAGUUUAAGUUCUUUCAGGGAGCAGGGGUCUGCCAAGCUAUCAAACGAUAACGAGAAUUCGCGUAAAGAACAAACUUGGUCGACGAAGAAGAUGGCAGCUUUUGCCUGCGAUCGAGCUACUGUCCGUGCGGUAUCCGAAGAACGAAUAUCAUGGCACAAAACGCUUGGGGGAGAUGAGGCAGCACAAAAGCUAGUACAUGAAUAUGUAUCUGCUGGAGAUUUCGAAGCUGCUGUCACACUGCUCCUGGCUACACCUCCAGAGAAUCCUCACUUUUAUGUUGACGCUCUUCGGGCUGUAACUCUCGCCGCAGCUGUCUCUCCGGGACUACAUGAGCUAGCAAUCAAAGUUGUUGCCGCGAAUAUGGUGGCCACGGACGAUUCACUUGGUGGCACACAUUUGCUUUGCGCUGUUGGGCGUUAUCAAGAAGCAUGCUCACAGCUCCAAGAUGCUGGUCGUUGGGAGGAUGCCUGCACUCUUGCUGCAUCGAAACUAAGCGGGCCAGAGCUCUCGAGAGUUUUGGAGCGUUGGGCGGAGCAUGUUUUACAAACAGAGCAUAACAUCUGGAAGGCUUUGACACUAUUCGUGGCGGCAGGGGCAUUGUCCGAUGCGCUUCGAGCUCUGAAUGCUCAGUGCCCGGACGUUGCAGCUCUUUUCCUCCUUGCUUGUCACGAAGCAAAAGCCGGGGUCGGGUCGAAGUUGGACAGUCUAGAUUUGCCUGGUGACUUAGCCCAACACAUGGAAGAUGUCAACGCAGUCUGCGAGUUCUACUCACAUCACCAACGCCGCUUGUCUCAGCAGUGCAGUGGUCUCAACUUCUACUGACAAGAUCGGAAAAAAUUUCCGAGCAGCACAAAUGCGAGGUACAGAGUCGUUUCUCGACAAUAAGAUUUUUUAGCGCUGAUCUUGACGGUGGUUUUCAAGUUUAUCAGUGCAUUUGAAGCACAUUUGCUUCAUCGAAUUCAAGCUCUUCAUCUCUGUUAUUC